AUGAUCGGUCCACAACCCUUUGCUUCCGUGUUGAACAAACGACCUCUGAAUCAAAUCAUUGGCCCAACAACGGCAACAUCAACUUCUAGCGUUUCCCAACAACAUCAACAACAAACGAAAAAGAGAAAGCCAAAUUCUCAACCGGGCAUAUCAUCAGCAUCUGCCAACAAUAGCAAUGCGAGCAAUAACAAUGGUGUCGGAGCUUGUGGAGGCUCCUCAUCGCUCUCUGGAAGUGCCAGCAGCCGAAUAACACUUGAGAAGAUCAUUGGACUUACCACCGAUUCCAACACUAAACUUUCCAUUCACCCCCAAACAAAAUAUGUUGCAUACUGUGCUGCCAAUGUUGUCGUAUGCUACAAUCCGAGAAAAAACAAGCAAUACCAAUUCUUACAAAAUACUUCACCCAAUAAGCCCUUUUCAUGUUUGCAAUUUUCAAAAAACGGAAAACUUUUAGCUGCUGGAGAACGAGGUUCAAAACCAUCCAUAGUAGUGUGGGAUGUUUUGAGUGGAAAAAAGAUUAUUGAGCUCAAAAAAGAUGGUCAUCAGUACGGAGUUUCAUGUUUGGCUUUUUCAAACGAUGCUAAAUAUUUAGUGAGUGUGGGAGAUGAGCAUGACGGAACCAUCAAAUUAUGGGAUCUUUCUUCAAAUCCAAACUCAAGUGGAUUGGGUUCAUCUCUUUCGAAUGGUUCCUCAACAAGUAAUAACAACAACAACAGCAAUAAUACAAGAGGGACGCUCAUACAUACGAUUAAAAACAUCAGGAAGACUUCUGAUGUUGCAUUUUCUCAUGAUGGAACAUUCUUCGUGACAGUUGGAGACAAAUUUGUAAAGUAUCAUCAUAUUGAUCCUCAAACAACAAAUGGAACUAUUGAGCUUAAAUCUUCUAGGUGUAUACUAGGCAAUUUUAAAGAAGCGAAUUUUGUGAGUGUAGAUAUUGCUAAGGCAAAAGAUGGUACUCUUGGAAUUUAUACUGUCAAUUCUGAUGGAAUUUUAUGCAUGCUAAAUGAGAAUAGACAGAUAACCAAAUGGCUUGACAUGAAGGUGAAAUCUGCAUUUUCCAUCAGUGUUAAUGAGGACAUUAUUUGCUGCGGCUGCUCCAACGGCAUAGUUCGACUUUUCGAGCCAUCAACCUUAAAAUUUAAGUGUACUCUACCCAAGCCUCCAAAACUUGCAAACAUGACCUCAUCAAUUGCUGAUGUUGAUUGUGUUGCAUGUCGAUUGCUAGACUCAAGACAGGUCGUUACCAUUUACAGUGACAGAAGUUUUUUCAUUUGGGAUAUCAGCAAUUUACAACGUAUUGCCAAGUACAGAAGUUUCUUAUGCCACAGUGACUCUAUAUGGGAUAUUGAUCUCUUUCCAGAAAGCAAUGAAAACUUACCUCCAGGCUCUUUCAUUACAUGUUCUAGUGAUAAUACAGCAAGAAUUUGGAAUGUUGAGGCGAGUAGUACUCUUCACGUGAGCGAAAAGAUUGAGAGAGGAGAGUCCUUCAUUUCAAAGAAUGUAUUUUGCAAAGAUCUUCUACAUGUCAUUGAGGAUAAACCUUCAAAUCCAAACGGAGAACAGGGUAUACGAAGUGUUAAGUUUUCCUCCUCAGGAGAUCAUAUUGCUUGCGGAACCAAACAAGGGUUAAUCAAAUUAUAUCAAGUUUCUAGUUUUCAUAACGAGUUUGCUGAGGUUGCUCACGAAGCCGAGAUUUUAUCAAUAGAUUUUAGCACAAAUCCAAAGGAUCCCUCUGAUUUAUUGUUUGCCACAAGCAGCCGUGACAGACUCAUUCAUGUCUUUCAAUUUAAGAAUGCAGACUUUAAGCUAGUUACUUCGUUGGACGAUCAUACUGCAUCGGUCACUUCCAUUAAAUUUGCAAAGGAUCAAAGCGGUGAAAGAUAUCUAGUGAGUUGUAGCGCCGACAAGUCUAUUGUGUUUCGAAAGAUUGAGUUGGACCAAAAUGGAGAAUACAGCUUCAAAAGAUAUCAGAAUUGUCAGUGCAAUGGAACAAUUUUUGAUUUAGAUAUCAGUCACCACAAUGAAAUUGUUACUGUUGGUCAAGAUAAGAAAAUUAAUGUCUGGGAGCUUGAUAAAUGUAAGGCCAAACAAAGCUAUAAGGUGGACACAAAAUCAAUGCAAGAUACAUACUCUCCAUCUUCGGAGCCCAUUCGAGUAUCAUUCGAUUACUCUGGAGAAUUUGUGGUGGUAAGCUCAGCAGACAAAUUUAUCAGACUGUACAAUUUAAGCAAUGGUGAAUGCAUUGCUCGCGUGAGUGGUCAUUCUGAAAUUAUUACCGGCGUAAAGCUUUCUAAGGAUUCAAGACGCAUUAUCUCAGUAUCAGGUGAUGGAUGCAUCUUUAUUUGGAGAUUGGCUCCAAAUAUUGUCAAGCUAUUGAACAAGAACAGACCACCAGAAACCUUAAAAACAAGAUCAUCGCUCUUGGAGACACCAAAAUCCAACACGAAUAUGGUGGAAUUGACAGUUCGUGAUACUCUUCUGCCUUCGUGGGCCAAGCAGAAAAAGCUCACCAGCAAUAAUGCAGAGGAUAUGCAGCACACUCCUACCACCAUCAACAAUGGAUCCAUUCCAUCCACAAGCAAAUGGUUAGCUUCUUCCACAGAGAAAGAGUUCAAACUUUCCUCAAUGGAAGAAAUGGAUUUGAUGAAUGACGACACUGAAGAAAAUGCCGAGGAAGAGGUGGUCUACUUCACCUCUCUCGAACAGCCUCCAGACUUUUUAGUGAGUGCCGAGAAUAAGGUUUCAACUGCAAUACCAACGGACGUUGAGGAAGACGAGGAUAAAACAACAACAAUUAAGCUUGAUCCUCCUCCUGUAGAGCCAGCCAAAGAAGAUUUCCUUAUCAAAAAUUAUGAAAGUCUUGCAAGACCAAUGUCCUUCGAUCCAAAUGAAAUACAUGACGGAAGAAUCAGUGUAACUUCUCAAUUCUUGAGAAAGGCUAUUGGUAAGAAGAACAAGUCUCCAAAAAAGCAGCUACCACCUCAAUCACAGCAACACAACCAUGUGAUGAACUCCAAAGAACUACCUCAACAACAUCAAACUCCAAUUACUUCAAAUCCUAAUUUGCAAUCACAACAAACAAAUUCCGUCCCUUCUUGUUCCGCAUCAGCACCAGGUAGCAGUAAUGGCACCAUCACAUCAUCGAACACUGCUGUCUCGAAUACUACAGAGCCAAAUAAUAAUCACAACAAUUCCAAGCUGAACCUGACCGAUCACUCCAUUCCUCAAUUAUCAGAAAUCCCAUUGUCACUCAUUUUGAAAAUUAACCAAAUUUCUCACUCAUUCACUCAAGCUCUUUCCAUCAUUGAUCAAUUAGAGAAUGCCGAGAACAAGGAUACUGAAAUUGCCACCAAAUCCAAACAAGCCUUAGAAAAGUUGCUACAAAAUAUGAGUAGCACUUUUGCAUCGAGAGCAUGGCAAGUGAACAUGCCUUCUACUCAAGACGUGUUGCAAAAAUACUCGGAUAUGUUAAUAGAAAUGGUCAAAGAGAAGCUUGGAAAGCAGUGA